AUUUUCUCUCACCUUCGCCCGCAGAGGUCGAUAAAAUUGACCCUAACUCCACACAGCAUUAAAUCCCUUGUAUUUUGUGACAGGAGGAGGUUCAAUCUGGAGGAGUGGACCGUCAUGUCUACGACACAGGGCAACACUUCAAAUGAACAUUACUCCAGUGAUGUUGCAGAGCUCCAAAAGACUCUCAAAGAUGCCUUGGCCAAGAACCAGCAGUGGCUGGCUUACAACCAGCAGCGAGAGGCCUACGUGAGGACAGUCGUGGACAGAAUGCUGUGGCUGGACAACCAGCUGGACCAGGCCGUCCGGGCCCAGUUGACACAGCACAAUAAGGAGCAUUCAGAGGCAGAGGAGAGAAUGAGGGAGAUGAAGGAGCAUUUUGAAAGCCUGCUGGUGAUUGGUCGAGACAACCUGCUGAUAGUCAAGCAGCGGCUCGACGUCACCCUCCAGGACCUGGCAGAAACUAAAAAUAGGGUUGAGGAAAAAGAGAUGGAGGCCAGUGAGCUCAAGCAGCAGCUUCGGCGUUGCUCCAAGGAGAAAGAACUGUUGAUGAACGAGAUAAUAGUGCUCCACGGGAGACUGGGCGAGGAGAAGCGUUUCGCCAAAUUGGAGCGGCAGAGAAAGCAGCAGGAGGAAGACUACGAGGAGGAGGAGGAGGAGGAUGAAGAACCCGUCUACGAAGAAAUGAGACCCUGUCGCCCCUCCGGUGAAAGCAUCUUGGACGCAAGCACCCUGCACUGCCCCAUCUGUCGGAUCCAGUGUCCUGUCAGUCAGUACCGGCAGAUGAUGGACCACCUGGAAGUCUGCAUGAAUUGAGCUGAACCUCAAACAUCCUGAGGUCUGCAAGAUCUUCAACGUUGUGAGUUGUUCGCUCGCUUGAGUUGUUCCGGUUUUAAAUAAGCACCCGAGAUCUUUUCAUGUUCUUUUCAUGUUCUUGUGCUUUGAUUGUCAUUUAAAAAAAAAAUGAAAUGAAAUAAAA